AGAAGUUUGCUUCUCAACCAUGCCUCCAAUUCAGAAGCAUGUUACUUUGCAGUAGCUGCAGUGCUCGAGAACCCUUGGAAAGGACAUUUUAAACUUGCACAAGACCAGAGUUUAUUCAAAUAGCAUAGGGUAGGUAAAGGAGAAGCAGGGGAAAAGGUAAAGUAAAAUAGUCGUGAGUAGACAAGUGGAGGAAUAAAUGCCUUAAGAGAGCUACAAAUACCCAAACAUCUCGAUGAGGCCUGAUUCGAAGGAGCCCAGCCCUGUUUCUUCCCACAGGAUGACAAGCGUUCUACAACUCUCCAGCGAUUCCUUCCACUUCCAGCAUGGCCAGUUAAAGGGCUACAGAACUACGUUUCCCAGCAUGCCGAGGCCUUGCGCUCAUGGUUCGGACGGGCCAAUCAAAAGUGUCGUUACAGACAGGGCUCGUACUCCGUUUGUAAGGAGCCAUGGUGGAGGAUCUACGCCGACUCCCCUCGCGGGCCGCCGGGCUGGAACCCGAUGCUGACGAGGCCGCCCAGGCUCUGUGAAAGAUGGAAUCAAACCCUGUAAAGAAUAAAGUCCCAGCUUUUCUGUCUGACCUGGGGAAAGCAACUCUAAGAGGCAUAAGAAAAUGCCCCCGCUGUGGCACCUACAACGGCACUCGUGGGCUAAGCUGCAAGAACAAGACUUGUGGCAACGUCUUCCGCUAUGGUGCUUGGAAGCAGGCUGGUGUUGACGCGGUCAAAAUUGUCACUGGCUCAGACCUGCAGGUCUACUCAGUGCGUCAGAGGGACAGGGGGUCGGAUUAUCGAUGCUUCGUAGAGCUGGGAGUUUCAGAGACCACCAUCCAGACCGUAGAUGGGACCAUCAUCACACAGCUCAGCUCUGGACGCUGCUACGUCCCAUCCUGUUUGAAAGCUGCCACGCAAGGGGUGGUAGAAAACCAAUGCCAGCACAUCAAACUGGCAGCAAAUUGCCAGACUGAGGCCACUCCGCUGACCCUGAAAAGCUCUGUCUUAAACUCAAUGCAGGCCUCGCCAGAGAUGAAGCAGACCCUCUGGCAGCUGGCCACAGAGCCCACAGGGCCUCUGGUCCAAAGGAUUACCAAGAAUGUUUUGGUGGUGAAGUGCAAAGCCAGCCAGAAACACAACCUGGGCUAUCUCCAUGCCUCCUUUGCUCACAAAGCUGGCCCUAAGAACGUGAUGGAGCACCGCUUUUUCUGCGCCUGCCAGUCCUUGAAAGCCGGCAAGGCCAGCUCAGCAAAAGCAGAGGUGGGACAAAAAUGCAUCCACUUCUUUGCCUGCAUCAGUGCCUUUGGCAGUGACGAUACUUUGGCGCAGGAGUUUGCGGAUUUCCUCUGCUAUGAUACCAGUGGUCUGAAGCCAAUGAUAGGAGCCCAGCUUGUUUGCCAGCCAGAAACUGCUCUGCACUCUGCACAGACUAUUGCCCCCAAGGCAAAGAGGAGGAAGAAAGAUGAAGUAGCGGGCACACAAGCAAGUAGUCCCCUCUCGUCUCAAGAUCUGGCAAACAGCAACCUGAGGAAGAGCAGCCUGAAGAAGCCGUCAGUUGCUUCUCUUAAAAAACAAGCCAGCAAUCAGGUGCUUGAUGAGUCACAGGUGACCUUGUCCUUCCAGGAGUGGCUGGCCAGUGUCACUGAACGUAUCCAUCAAGCCAUGCAUUAUCAGUUUGAUGGCAAACCAGAACCUCUGGUAUUCCACAUACCCCAGUCUUUCUUUGAAGCUCUUCAGCAGAGGAUUUCUGUUGGUAGCACCAAGAAGCUGCUCCCGAAUUCGACCACAGCUUUUGUCCGGAAGGAUGCCUUACCUCUGGGUACCUUUUCCAAAUAUACAUGGCACAUUACCAACAUCUUACAGGUCAAACAAAUCUUUGAUACUCCUGAGAUGCCCUUGGAAAUUACACGCAGCUUUAUUCAGAACUGGGAUGGUACUUAUGAGCCUUUUAGGUGUCCCAAAGUUGAGGUGGAAAGCAUCCCAGAGACGUACGGACGUCUAGAGAAGCAGCCAGUUCUCCGGCCUUUGGAGCUGAAAACUUUCCUGAAAGUUGGCAACACUUCCCCAGAUCAGAAGGAACCAACACCUUUCAUAAUUGAGUGGAUCCCUGAUAUCCUCCCUCAGUCCAAGAUCGGAGAAUUGAGGAUUAAGUUUGAAUAUGGCCACUACAGGAAUGGCCACACCACCGAAUACCAGGAGCAACGCCCAUCCCUGGAACAGACUCUGGAGCUCAUGCCUCUCACCACCAUCACAUUUCCUUAAAUUUGUUGCGUUCUCGCAUAGCUGGUUUGCACAGCUCCCCACUUCGCAGCUGCUCAGCCUGUGCCAUUUCUGAGUAGCCAAUUGACUGGAGAGAUUGCAAGGAGGCGGAGCUCACUGAGACUUUGUUGAUGUUUUUAGACAAUUGUAUGAACUGCAAUAGAAAACCCCACCACCACAUGUCCUGUGGCACCAUAUUCCAUUGCUGCUGUCUCUGAGAUUCAUCCCGGUGGUCUUCAUUUCUACCUGGAGGUCCAUUUGUCACUUUUCUUGUUCUGCCAUUCCAGUUUGCAAAGGAGGCUACUGACAGAUGGGGCAGAACAUUUAGCUGUUCUAUAGAAUUGUAACUCCUUUACUGGCAUAUGUUGCAAUAUAUUUUUUAAAAAAUAAAUUAAAUUGGACCGAC